GCGGCCCCAUGCUGGCAGCCUGUGUCUUUAAGGGGCCAUGUAAAGAAGGCGUGUUCAAACGCACUACUGAGGCAGCAGGAGGAGGCAUUGUAGUGAGUUAUUGCACUUCAGAGCAGCAGCACCGCUUCUGAGGAUGCGGUGACAGCAACAGUAACAUUUCUCCGAAAAAAACACAGCCUGUCUGUCUAACAGUGUUUGGUGGAUUCCCGUGAACUGCUGAUCUGAGCGUUUUACAUUUCCUUUCAUUUGAUAAAUGCACCUCCAUUGUAAGCCUGCUGGGGGCCUUAAAGUGGAGCUGCACCCGGCUUUUAUGAAUGGGAUGCUCGAUUCCCAUGCUGACUGGAAUUGAGGAGCAUCAAUAUUCAUUCCAAGGUCUCCAACAAGGAUUGUACUGAAGAUUUGGGAUCUCUUUUUGUAGACUGACUGCAUCGCUCUACUACCUCUUUGUGCAAAUAACAAACUCCUAAUCAGCCACCAUGCCAAUCCUAAAACAACUAGUGUCGGGCUCCUCACAGACCAAGCGCCGCUCACGCAUGGACUUGACCAGGGAGAUGAUCAGUGCUCCACUGGGCGACUUCCGUCACACCAUGCAUGUAGGCCGCAGUGGCGAUGCCUUCGGUGACACCUCCUUUCUCAGUUCCCGUUCAGGAGAACCUCCAUCUGAGACCACAUCCUUCCCCCGCUCUCCCCGACCUGGCCUCCUGUCUCGUACUUUCAGGAGCAGCAAACGCUCCCAGUCUGUGAGCAGAGUGGACCAGCAGAGAGACAACUCCCUGAUGGUCCCUGGAGAGUCACCUACCUACGUGAAGAAUGCCAUGUCCUUGCCCUUCCUCAAUGAUGAAGACAGAGUGGACAGUAUGGUGGCAAAGAGUCUGUCCUCAAGUCCUUUAAAGCAGCAUGAUGAGAUGGAUGAGAGAGGUGCAACAGCAGCCAAUCACUUCCUGGAGCUGGAAGAACGGAGCUUUGGUGAGUUGACUGAGCUUCCAGAAAGCUCUCGCCACUUUGGAGGUGGAAUGAAGCAUGCCGAGUCAGUUAUGUCUUUUCAUGUCGACCUGGGACCCUCAAUGCUGGGUGAAAUCCUGGGAGUGAUGGAGAAGGAGGAGGAUGAUCUUGGCUACGAGGAAGGCAAGAGCAGUGAGGGCCGCGCCUCACCACCUCUCAGCACUCACGGAGAAGAAGAGGAAGACAUGGAGAGAGGACACGAUGAAAGUACAAAGGAGCAGGUGGUAGGAGAGGAAGAAGAAGAAGAAUUGCAGCAGCAGACCUCUUUGCAUCCAGCCAGCUCUAUAGAUCUGGAGCCUGAGCAUGGUCGAUCCUACACUCCAGAGUACACUCCAGAGACACGGCCAAAACACUUGCAGCAUCUAGACAGCUGUUCCAUGUCCAGCUCUGGCUCUGCUGCCCUGGAUGAGAAACCAAACAGCCAGACAUAUGCAGGAGAUACAGACAGCGCCACCUUCAGUGCCCCACCCGAGGAGGAGAGCCACUUCUCCUCUUUCUUGGAAGAUGAAGAUGAUGAGAUCCGUGUAUGAGAUUCUAAAGCCUGUGAAAAAAAAAUAGGACAGAGCUCUGGAAGGGGUUUAUUUGAAACUCGCAAGUCCUUUGACAGUGUGGAUUUGCACUUGAACCAAAAUAAGACACUCUAGUUGGAUACUGUGGGAAUGGGAUUGUGAAUAACACAGAGGACUCUAACUUCUGUAGGUCUGCAAAAAAAAAAAAAAAAGAGACUGACUGCUCCUUUAGGAUGAGCCCAGACUCCAUCUGUCAGAGAGCCUUACCCUCCACUAUGUGUUUGUCUGUCAAUCCGUCUCUCCCUUUGAACAUUGGGAACUGACAUGGAAGAGCAGCCACUUUUUGAAUAAUGGAACAUUCUAGAAGUGAGCGGGGAGGUAGCAAGGACGGGUUAGAAAGGAACUUUUGUAGGAAAAACACUUUCCAUAACUAAAGCUCAGUUCCAGCUUUCUCUCUCUCCUCUCUCACUUGACGUGUCACAUGUGCUUUUUUAAUCUGGUUCACUUUUUCUUCUCUCUGCGCUUUCUCUCUCUCUGGCUGUGGGACAUUAUGAGGCCUGAGUUGAACAGAAGGCCCCUGUCACCACAGGAUCACUCGUGGGUAUCUUGUCACAAUAAAGGGGGCUAUGUUAGUCACUGGAGUGUGAAACCCUGCCUUGAGCUUCUUUAAUCUGAAAAUAUUAUAGUAAAGUGCCAUAGAUCUGUCAGCGUUCCCCUCCUUAUGUAACUCAGGGUCCUUGUGACACUGCUCAAAAGCUGUCGUUUCCUGUUGUAAAGCUGGACCACAAAGCCAAACCAAAAGUCUCCUCUGUAUUUUAAUUCACAGUGAGUGCCACAGAGGCUUAGACUCAGGCUUAGUGUAAAUUAGAGAAACAAUGGAGACACAUUGGCCUGCAUUAACUAUAAAGCAUGGUGUUACUACAGGAAACCAAUGGUACAAAAAGAAAAGAAAUGUGUGGCACACUGGAGAGGGAUUGCAUGCUUGCUGUUGCCCUCUUAAUUCUUUUUUUUCCCCGUCCUGAAGCCAUAUUGUUCAUGAUUUUACAGAUUUGCAUGAACUGACAUAAACUGGCUACUUCCUUUCACUAAGCAUUUCAAGUCAAAACUGAAAUCAGUUUGUUAACCACUUCCUUCCUCCCUUGUUUUUUUUUGCACAUCCGAGCAACUGCAGUGGUGCAACUGAAGUGUGUAAAAGAUGAUGAUCCUCAAAAGUCCAGGGGCAAGCCUUAUGUACAAAACAGUUUCCACCACUACAUGUUGAGAGUCAGUGCACCAGCAGGCCCAAUUAAACCAGACACUAUUAGUAUUUGGUGUUUAAUACCUGUUGUUUUAUUCUCUUGGAAAAAUCUUUUCUGUUUGUGUUAUGUCUGUUUUGAAGAGUGGAUGGAAAAAGAAAACAUGGGCAGCAAUAGAUGCAAGAGUAUUAAAAAAAAUAUUGUUAUUUUUAUGCAAGUUGCAUAGUCAUUGCAGCUUGACUGUAUCUCUUGCAUCAUUAAAAACUGUGGACAGAAAGUAUUGACGCUCAGUUGUGCUGAUUGAUUUCACUGCCUUAACUGAAGCUGACAGAUGUGCCAAAUCAUAAUUAUCUAGCCAAAAAAUAAUUUAGUUGUGAAACUCACUCUUGGGAGAGUCUGUCAAAUCUGUCUGUCACUUCCUUCUUUGUAUGGGUAAUCACUGUUGAACUGUUUCAGCUUGCAGGUUUAAAAAACUAAAUAGAUAAAUAGGGUUCUAAGACCUAAUAUCAUGCAGGAAAAAUAAUGAAUUUGCAUAACUGGAUAUUUAUGUUUCCAAUAACUCAAACACUACAUAAUAUAUUCAGGUAUUUCCACAGAUUUGUGCGAAUGGAAACUUGUUUUUUGUUUUUGUUUUUUUGCCCUUUUUGUACAAUGUUGUAUAUUAUGCCUUAUUGUUGUCUUCUUUACAGCUUCUUUCUGUACUAUCCAAAAUAACCUAUAUUUUUCAAUAAAAGAAAUCCUGAACA